CUAUAUCAACCGGUGACUGCAUCCCGGAAGGUCAUUCCCAGACACUUAAUGGUGUAAAAUUCACGAUGGAGACAUCUACCCGGAGGCAAGCCGGUGGAGGACUGUGGAACUGUCCUAAACAGACACCAUACAGCAGGGAGACUCAAGACAUGCUCAAAUUGAUGAUGCAAGAGUCAAGACUCACUAACUUCCAGCAGAGACAGAUUAACGAACGUCUCAAAAAGGGAGCAGCGUUGCCGUUGACCUGUAACCCCACGUCCUCGGCCCCACCCCCUCCACCCCCUCCCAAAAUCAUCAAACCUGGGCCAGAACGUCUAUCAGCCAAGCCUCUGAAGCGCAGCGCUGAUAAGUGUAGUUCAGGGGACAACUACACCAGAGAUAGGUUCCGCCCCAGUGCCCCACGAGAUCUGGAGAAGGAGAAGCGAAGGCUUCAGAACAUCCUGGCCACGGGGCAGGAGGAGCCCAGCCGGCCCAGGAAGGUACCACAGCUCCAGGGCCCGGCGGAGGGGGAGGAACGGGACCGCUUCCAGGAGGUUCUGGAUGAGAUUGAGGAAAGGAAACAGUUUCUGGAGGAGAUGACCUCUCUUGGGAAGGGCAAGAACUACUAUAACAUUAUCAACACUGAGAUAUCCCAGAAAAUCAGAGAGCUGGAGAUGAUUGACAAGGCGCGCAGUACAGAGCUGAGGACCCUGACAAUGUCAGAAAAGAAGGCAGAGUCUAUUGGAGAGGAGCCAGGAAGCCAAGACUGACAGACAGGAAGAAGGAAGCUGCCAUCUACUUUACACCUUGGAUUGUAGUCUUUCCUUCCAUUUAACACAUUCUCAAAUACUGUGAUAUGCCUAAUGUUAUGAUACAGUAUGCAUCUGAAAGGGAAACUGUUUGGAUUGUAGUGGAAUAUGUGGUCUUACCUAUGAAGACACAUUGUGUCUAUAUAUGAUUGUGUGGUAACCAAAACACUGCCAAUGAAGAAAAGGUAGAUGAUAUAAAACAUCCCUGACUAUAAAUGACAGAAACACUUC